ACCGGGAAGUUUGCUUACUAAACUAGGGGAGGAGCUUUUUCUUGUGGUAAAUAAAAGCAGUGACAGUGAACAAAGUAAGCAACUGUUACCUUUGGGAUUGGGAGAUUAGGGAUUGGAAGAAUGAAAUCCGCCUACCUCCUGGGACUGCUCCUGGCUGUAUUCUGUGUCACUGGGCUGUGUAACCCUGACACAGAGGAAGCUCAAACAGGUGACCAGAUCCAGGAGCAGCAACUUAGUGGAAUAAAUCCAGAUUUCUCUUCAAUAUAUACCAGCAAUGCUGACUUUGCAUUCCACCUAUACAAGAAGCUUGUGUCAGAAAAAAACCAAGAGAAUAUCCUCUUCUCUCCUCUGAGUAUAUCAACAGCAUUUGCUCUCCUGUCUCUUGGUGCCAGAGGAACCACCUUGACUGAGACCCUAGAAGGCCUAAGAUUCAACUUGACAGAGACCUCAGAAGCUGAAAUCCACAGAAGCUUUCAGCAGCUCUUACGUUCCCUCAAUCUCCCAAAUGAUGAGUUUCAACUAAGCUCAGGCAAUGCUUUGUUUACCAGCAAACAUAUAGAAUUGCUAGAGAAAUUCCAGGAAGACAGCAAGUUACUAUAUUCAACAGAAGUUUUCCCUGCCAAUUUCCAGGAUUCUGAUUUAGCAACAAAACAGAUCAAUGAUUAUGUAAAGAAGCAAACACAAGGGAAAAUCGAAAAUUUGUUUGACAGACUUGAUAAAAACACAAUAAUGGUUCUGGUGAAUCACAUAUUCUUUAAAGCCAAAUGGGAAACACCAUUUGCUUCAUCUGACACUUUUAAGGAGAAAUUCUUUGUGAGUGAAAACAAGACUGUUGAUGUUUCUAUGAUGGGCAAAGCUGGAUUUUUCACCCGUAUUUUCCAAGACAAGGAACUUUUCUGCACAGUUGUAGAACUGAAGUAUAGGGGCAAUGCUACAGCACUUUUCAUUCUUCCUGAUAUAACAAAAAUGAAGACUGUUGAAGAUGCUCUCAGCCCAGAAGUAUUGAAUAAGUGGAAAAAUUCACUCCAAGAAAGAGAGAUCCAGCUCUAUUUGCCAAAAUUUUCAAUCUCUAGUAACUAUGAACUAGAAAAGAUCCUUCCAGCAAUUGGUAUUAAAGAACUCUUUACUGAUCAUGCAAAUCUUUCUGGAAUAAGUGGACAAGCCAAAAACAUCAAAAUUUCCAAAGCUGUCCACAAAGCUGUGAUGGAUGUAGAUGAGACUGGCACAGAAGCUGCAGCUGCUACAGGCGUAGAGUUUAUCCUUACUUCAAUGAGGUUCCCUUCACCUAUAGUCAUUAACUUUGACAGGCCAUUCAUGGUCAUUUUGUAUAAUGAAAAUAAUAUACUUUUUCUAGCCAAAGUCAACAAUCCUCAAAAUGAACACCAUCAUGAAGAAGAAGAAGAAGAAGAAGGGGCUGCUGACAAAUCAGGAAUUAAAGGGAACCAUUGAUCCACUUCCAGGUCAGCCUGAUACUCUGUAAACAUUCCCUUCUCCAUUUAAAAAGUUAUCCCAAAGAAGUGUAUAUUCGAUGUUUGGUUUUAAAUAGUUAGGGAAUUUUUGACAAACUUCAGGCACCAUUUCCUUAACAAAAAAAAAAGGUUACAUUUAUUUUUCUUUGGAAUAAAUCAAUCUUUGAGCACAUUUCUUUGAA